UGAAAAAGAUUCCAAGAUUCAUUCGCUCUCCGAUGGCGACGUCAAGUCAUCUCCUUCUCCUCUUCCUCGUAACCACCGUCUCGUUCCUCACUUCCGCCGCUUAUCCUCCGUCACAGACGCCGCAAGAUCACCUACACGCCGACAGAAUCAUCGAAGCCAUGAUCGGAGCAGGCGACUUCCGCGACUGGGCCUCCGAUUUCCUCUUCGCCGUCGAAGACCAAGUCGGCAUCCCUCUCUCCGCCACCAUUUUCAUCCCCACCGACUUCGACACCUCCGACCUCUCCACCACCAACGGCGGUCGUCCUCGUCUCUCAGUCGCUUAUCACAUCGUUCCUCAACGUCUCUCCUUCACCGACCUCCGUUUCUUGCAACCUCUCUCUCGCCUUCCCACUCUUAUCCCCGGAAACUCAAUCGUCGUCACCAAUAACUCCGUUUCCGGUUUUACAGUCGACGGCGUUCUCCUCACCGAACCGGAUCUUUUCCUCUCUUCUACGGUGGCUAUUCACGGUGUCGCUUCGUCUCUCGAUUGCUCCCGUUACGGUAAAAACGCUGCUACUGGUUUGGUCUACGAGAUUUUUCGCCGUCAGCGUUGUCGUCCUGAAUUCGACAGCAAUCGAACAUAUGCUUCUUCUGUGUCCAUCCCACGCUUAUCAGCUACAUGCUCGUUCUUGCUUCCAUUGGCUCUCCUAUUCUUCUGAAUCUUACUACGUACAUUCUCAAUGCUUCAGGGCAAGAACGAACAUCUUUCUUUCUUUGUUUUUUUCAAGAUUCUGUGAAACUCUGUACAUAAUUCAUAAUCUGAUACGGGAUGGAUAGGAUUUGGGAGCUUUCUUGAGUUGUAAUCUUGCUAUUAUACUUUGGUCAAAAAAAAAAAAAAUCUUGCUAUUAUAGAUUCACAUUUAACAGAAUUAUCUGGUUUACAAAAUUACAA